AUGUCCACGAAGCACCAUCCCAACUUGGUGCGGCUGCUGGGGUUCGCAGUGGGGGGCGACGUGCUCACACGCGUGGAUAACGUACUGGUCUACGAGCUCAUUCCCAACGGGGACCUUGAGUGCUGGAUGGGCCCAGGUACUUUGCCCUCCCGGCCAAUCCGCCUCUCGUCAUGUGUCUCCCCCUUCCUCUCUGCUUCUCCCCCCCUUCCUGCAGAUGCGCCCACGCCUCUCACCCUGCAGCAGCGGCUGGACAUCCUAUUAGGGGCAGCGCGCGGGCUGGACAAACCCAGCACCAAGCUCGUCCUUAACAACAACGGCGGGUGCGGUGCCUGUAACCUGCUCUUCCCCUGUAACCUGCUCUUCCCCUGUAACCUGCUCUUCUCCUGUAACCUGCUCUUCUCCUGUAACCUGCUCUUCUCCUGUAACCUGCUCUUCCCCUGUAACCUGCUCUUCUCCUGUAACCUGCUCUUCUCCUGUAACCUGCUCUUCUCCUGUAACCUGCUCUUCUCCUGUAACCUGCUCUUCUCCUGUAACCUGCUCUUCUCCUGUAACCUGCUCUUCUCCUGUAACCUGCUCUUCUCCUGUAACCUGCUCUUCUCCUGUAACCUGCUCUUCUCCUGUAACCUGCUCUUCUCCUGUAACCUGCUCUUCUCCUGUAACCUGCUCUUCUCCUGUAACCUGCUCUUCUCCUGUAACCUGCUCUUCUCCUGUAACCUGCUCUUCUCCUGUAACCUGCUCUUCUCCUGUAACCUGCUCUUCUCCUGUAACCUGCUCUUCUCCUGUAACCUGCUCUUCUCCUGUAACCUGCUCUUCUCCUGUAACCUGCUCUUCUCCUGUAACCUGCUCUUCUCCUGUAACCUGCUCUUCUCCUGUAACCUGCUCUUCUCCUGUAACCUGCUCUUCUCCUGUAACCUGCUCUUCUCCUGUAACCUGCUCUUCUCCUGUAACCUGCUCUUCUCCUGUAACCUGCUCUUCUCCUGUAACCUGCUCUUCUCCUGUAACCUGCUCUUCUCCUGUAACCUGCUCUUCUCCUGUAACCUGCUCUUCUCCUGUAACCUGCUCUUCUCCUGUAACCUGCUCUUCUCCUGUAACCUGCUCUUCUCCUGUAACCUGCUCUUCUCCUGUAACCUGCUCUUCUCCUGUAACCUGCUCUUCUCCUUCUGGCCUACAGAAGUGUCUCCUGGUGACCUCCAAUCCUUUGGCGUGCUGAUGCUGGUGGUGCUGUCAGGGCGAGGAGCCAUCAUCAUAGACGCCAAGCAGGGCGAUGAUGACCCCGCAGGGCCGGCGCAUCAUCAGCCCGACCCCACGACCAUUGUCCAAUGGACGAGAGACCUCCUAUCAGCAGGAAAGGCAUCGAGUCUCGGGGAUUCGCGCAUGGCAGCACCGGAGGACAUUGUCACACGCCUUGCGCAGCUCGCCAUCAGCUGCACCGCCAUGCCCACCGCCUCCCGCCCCUCCAUGUCCCAAGUGGCCCAAAACCUGGAAGCGCUGCAGGCCGAGGUGGGAGGGGGGGCCAAGAGUGCCUCAGGAGCAGCAAGAGUGGAUGAGAAGAUUGCAAGCGGUAAGCCUGAGAGGAGCAUCGACGAGGAUCUGGAGCUGCUGAAUCAGCAGCUGUUGCAGGAGGAGGGUGAGGCUACAGCAGGGGAAAGACCACUUCAGAACUGA